UUUGACUGUCUAGACUUUGUUGCUUCUCCUUCUUUUCACGUAUCCCGUUGGGCAAAACUGCGAGGGUCACUCACCAUUGUUGGUAAGGUGUACACUAUUUUUUAUCAUUCUUCACCCGUAUGCGUAUUUUUAAGUAAUAGUAAACAUACGUAAAUAUAUCAACACAACAGAGUGACAGAAACAAGGGCUGGCAACAUUGGACCACGGCACACAUAUGAGGUAUGGUUCUGUAAAACUAAGCUGCGUAUUCCGUGGUUGUGUUGUUUUGGAAUUUUUCGCACAAAAUUCUAAUGGAAAAUCCACUCAAUAACAUCAUGCACGACGAAUAUUUGGUAGGUUUGUCAAUGUUCAAUCGAGAAGUGUCCCUUUUUGAUUUCGGGAAUGUAGUUGUCAGCACAAACUACAAAGAAAACAAAAAUGUGAGGUUAAUUUCGGGUGGCUCCACUUGUUUUGGAGAAUACGUAGGGCUAGGGAUGUUGACUGCUUCGGUACAAGGUUCUAGUUCUCUACCGCCAAGUUCGAAAUUAAUAUUAAGAGUUAUCAGGGAGUUAAGUGUGAACCACAAUAGUGGAACUUUGUUGAUUAUUCCUGCUAUAUCAGCAGACCAUUUAAACUUCGGCCUGGCCGCUGAGCGGGCUAUAAAUGACAAUCUACGGGUGUUGCUAUUAGAUUGCGGAGACAGAAGCCCCGCUAAUGUGGUUUUGGUAAGUAAAAUUGCAGGUUCAGUGUCCCAAAGUGGGGGCUCUCUUGAAGAUAUCUACGCGUUUUGUCGAGCGGUGUUGGACAAUAUGUGUAGUGCGGUUAACAAGCGUCCAACGAUUGACAAUAGAGAAUGCUUGUAUUGUGAAAAUUGCAAAGCUAGUAAUACUGGACUUGCGGAUAGAGAUUUGAAAUUCGUCGCGAACGAUCUUUUUGACGCAGUUGACAAAAAACUAUCGUUUAAACCGAACCUUUCUGUAGUUGUUUUGAUAAACAACCAAAACUUUUUGAAAAAAGAACGCGAAUACGCGUUUAUUAAAGAGAUCGGAUCCAUAUUUCAGUUACGCGAUGUAUAUGUGGCGCGUUAUUAUAUCGUUAAUGGGUUUAGCGGCGGAGGUUUAACAUUGACGGUCUUAAAAAUAUUCGAUAAAGAAAUACUGACUCAUUUAGAAGCCCCAUGCGAUGUUCCAGGUUGGAUUAGAGUAAAUCAAACUACGCCUCACUCUAUAUCAGAAAUCUUGAUACGGGGGCGUUUAAGACAAAAAUGUCGUCUGUCUCCGCCAACGAAAGGCCCCAAAUUACGAAUCGGCGCCGCAAACGUGCUAUUGCUGUGUAUUCAAUUCGCGAGCGACGCCCUAAUUUCCUGCGAGAAAAUGCUAAACAAAAUGGAUUCCGAGAGGGGCGCCGGCGACGUCGGCUCGAGAUUAAAACGCGUCGCGGAAGUUUUAAAACGGAGAAUAAAGGACAAGAAGCUGAUAUUGAAUUGUCCGUUUACGUUGUUUCUGAGCCUGAGCAAAAUCUUUGAGGACAUUGUCGGCGGCACAAUGGGGACAGUUUACGGCGUCGCGUUCGAAGGGGCGGCGAAAAUAUUCGGCACCCAUAAAGAAGAGGACGAGGUGACCGCCCUUAUGUGGUCGGAGGCGUUUGGACACGCGUGUGAAUCGCUGCGGAGAUUCGGCAAAAGCGGAACCAUGUACGAACCAUUUCGAGCGGGUUCCGAAGCCGUAAAAGAGGGCCUGGCGAAGGGGGAGAAAUUUAUAAUCGCGUUCGGGAUGGGGGUGGGGGAAGCCGAACGGUCUGCCAGGGACACUCGGGGUGAUAAUCGCUAUCCGGAUCCGGGAGCUCACGCCGUCGGCAUCUGGAUGAGGGCAGUCUACGAGGGGCUAAAACUUAAGUGUCCCGACUAGAAUUGCGUCGAAAAAAACAGGAAUGGACUAAGAAUAAAACA